AUGGGCUCCGAAUUUCGCCCUUCGGAGAAGGAUUAUCGGGGUUUCAGCAAUGGAGGGGCCUAUCAAUUCGAAACAACUCCAUUCGAGACACGACAGGAUUCACACUUUGCUGCACGCCAACAGGCGAACUACCACGGUGUUCCUGCGCCCCCCGGCAUCACCCACCCGAAUCACUGGUUCGGGUCUCUCGUACAGGCUCCUCAGAAACGGGUGGAACUCCCACCCAUUGACGGGGCUUUUGACAGGCAGAUGUACCAAAGCCAUAUGCAUCAGCGUCGGCAGCAAAGACAAGAGAGGAAACAAGAGCAGACUGCUCGCCCAGCGGAAGAGAAGCCUGUGGGUGGUGUUUCAGCGCACUUGGAUUAUGACAUGGAAGAAAUGACCGGGUUUGUUGGUCAGGUAUCUCAGCAUCUUGUCAACCACCCCUUGUCCGUUGAGGCCCAGGAACGAGGCCUUACCCGGGAUACUCGCAAGUUUGUGUUGCAGAUUUUGUCUUCAACAAGACUUCCCAGCUCAACCAUCUUGCUUGGUCUUGUCUACUUGAAGGAAAGAGUUUCGAUGCCCAACUUCGCCGCUGCUCCAAGGGAUUCACUAUUCUUCCACCGCAUGCUAACCAUCGCUCUGCUUCUUGCAAGCAAGUUUCUCGACGAUAAUACGUUUCAAAACAAGUCUUGGUCCGAGGUGACGGGACUUCCCGUUGCCGACUUGAAUGCUUUGGAGAAGACAUGGUUGGAGGAGAUUGGAUGGCACUUGCAUGUUGACCCUGAGGGAACUAAGGGUUUCAGCCAGUACAAGUUGAUGUGGGAUGCUUAUCGUAAGAAUGGAUCAAAGGCACCAGCACCAGCACCAGCUCUUGCUCCAAUUAACACCAACAUCAGACGCCAGCACCGCAACACUCCGUCAAUCGUCUCUCCCGAUUCUCAGAUGUGGGCCAACACGCCUGAAUAUCCGAUGUCCGGCAGGAAGAGUUAUGAGUUGAUGACACCAGGGGAAAUGUAUCCGGAAACUGCAUAUUACUCUCACCACUCUGAUGUGGGCAGCGAGUAUAUCCCAAUUCAACUGCCGCCUCCUCAACCACAGCACCGCCAAUACGAUAACAGUGGUUACUGGGCUCACAUGGAAUCACGUAUGGAAUACUCGGCUGAGUAUUCGCCGCCAUCUGCUCCUGAAACCGGCCCCCCCACACCUGUCGAAUAUGCUCAUGCCUGGCCCGGCUCUGCUGGGUUUCCUCCUUCGCUAUUGAAUCCUCCGCACCAAUCAGCCACUUACUCAAGGCUGCCACCUCCAAUUCCAAGCUACCAUCAGCACAUGGGACAAACUUGGCGCCCUCCGUUCUGCGGCUACGCUUAUGGGCAGCGAACUGAGAAUUAUUUGAUGGCAAGUUUUGGUCAACCCGUCACUGUUUAA